GACAAGCAUUAAAUGAAACAAGCCAUGGGUAUUCAGCACUUUCUGCUUCUGCUAAUUUAUUUGGACCCACUGAACGUGCUCUGCGCUGUCCCCAAAAGGACAAAGCCUGUGCCAAAGAAGAAACCUAAGGAAGUGAACAGCACGGUGGCACCCACCGCAUCCAUACAGCGGAUCACGCAAGUCCAGUUGCCAGUGGAGGCCACUUUUGACAGCUGCCGAGGUUACUACGACGUGAGCGGCGCGUUUGAUAAGGAGUUUGCAUGCAAUCACACCGACCACCACUACUGCUGCGGGACAUGCUAUCUGCGGUUUUGUUGUCAGUUCAAAUACAAACGGUUAGAUCAAAAAAACUGCAAGAAUUACCAAAAACCAAAAUGGGACCAAACGUCAACGCCGGCUCCCGCGCCAACAGAAGACACCUACGACCCAAGUAUGGACCAAACGAAUACAGCGGUCUAUAUUACCUGUGGUGUCAUAGCUUUCAUCAUAGUUCUUGGAGUUUCAGUGAAAGUUGCUUAUGACAAAGCAAAUCAACCCCCUCAGGAGAUGAACAUCCAUAGAGCGCUCGCAGACAUCCUUAGGCAACAAGGACCUAUUCCCAUCUCGCAGUACGACUGCGAGAACUUUGCGGCCAUGAACAGCUCCCCCAAAGACAACACGCCAGCCAGGACGGGAUCCAAGAACCAUUACACCCCGGUACACACGUCAAAGUCCAACCACAGUGGGCACUAUGGCAAGGAGAGCAGCCGCAGCGGAGGGCACGACCUUCACAACUUUAUCUCCUCGGGCUUCGUGACCUUGGGCCGAGGCCAUGUGAAAGGGGAAAAACAUUGGCCGGUGCGGUCGCAGAGCCACCAUGGCGCCCACCAGCACAACUACAACCACGUGGGUCUUAGUAGCCCAACGCGAACGCCCAAAAAUGCUCACCGAUCCCUAAGGCAUGAGAGCUCGCGGAUGAACAACAUCCUCACCUCCCAGACGGAGCCCUAUGACCUCUCCUGCUCACGCUCCUUCCAGAGUCUGUCCCACCUGCCUCCUUCCUACGAGUCUGCCAUGAAAGCAGACCUCAACAGGUUCUCCUCUCUCAAAAAACUAUCUGACAAGGACCCGGACGACUACUACAGCCGCAAGCGGCACCUCGCCGACCUGGCCAUCCGCGGCACGCUGCCCCUCCACGUGAUCCGGAGCAAAGAGGUCCAGGGCAGCCAGCCGGCGCUGUCUCAACAGCAGCAGCAGCACCAGCAGGCGGCGGCGGUGGCCGCCCAGCAACAGCAGCAGCAGCAGCAGCAACAGCAGGGGGCGCCAUCCCAACGCCAGCGCCCACGGCGGGUCCAGCGCGCCAUGUCCCAGGACCGCGUGCUCUCGCCGGAGCGGGGCGGCCACGGCGGGCACGACUACGCCGCCGCCGCCAUGGCGGCCACCGCGUCGUCGUCGGCGUCGUCGCGGCGAGACGGCGGCGGCAUGUCGUCGGCGUACGGGCCCAUGUCGCCGUACGGCGGCCGCAUCCUCAGCGACGAGCAGCUGCUGUCGGCCGAGCGGCUGCGCUCGCACGAGCGCCUGCUCUCGCAGGAGCGCCUCUACUCGCACGAGCGCCACUACUCGCACGAGCGGCUGCACUCCAGCGAGCGGCUCUACUCGCACGACCGCCUCUACUCGCAGGACCGCCUGCACUCGCAGGACCCGCUGCUCUCGCCCGACAGGAUGAUGUCCAUCAAGCGCUCCUCGGCCGUCAUCAUGCCGGGCUUCCGCUCGGACAAGUCCAUGUCGCGCGCCAUCUCGCACACGGACGUCCACUUGCCCUCCACGCCGCUCAUGGACCGCUACAAGAUGACGAAGAUGCACUCGCAUCCCAGUGCCUCCAACAACGCCUCGCAGCAGCCGCAGACGCAGCAGCAGCAGCAACAGUGA